AUGGUGUUAGUGAAGAUAAUAGAAAGGAUGAUGCUAGAUGCUGAUGCAACAAGGGUACAAUUGGGUGAAGAUGCAACUGCAUGCAGGGACACAGGGAGAGAUGAUGAGGAUGAAAAUGAGUCAAAUGCUAGUGGCCUGCAUGACUCAGACUAUAGCUUCAAUAGCAAUGAAUUUGAAGAACCAGAGGAGAAAGAUCCUGAGGAGGAUUUUGAGGAAGAUCUUGAGGAAGAUCUUGAAGAACAUGUUGAGGAAGAACAUGAGGAAGAAGGUGUUCAAAAACGAGACCAGCAACCAAUUAUUGAGGCAGACACAGAUGAAGAAAACUUAGCCCCUGAAAGGCCCAAAUAUGCUGAUUUCAAUGAAGAUACUGAUAUGAGGGAACCAGAAUUCAAAAUUGGCAUGAAAUUCAGAAGUUUUCAGCAGUUCAGAGAAGCUAUUAGGAUAUAUGGUAUACGAAAUAGAUGUGUCAUGAAUUUCAAGCCAAAUAACAAGAAAAGAUGCAAGGCUUUCUGCAGACGUGCUGGCUACCCUUGUUAUUUGUGGGCUUCACCGAUGUACAAAGACAAAGCAGCUAUCCAAAUUAAAUCUGGGAACCUAAAGCAUGAGUGCACAAGAGAUCACAAUAUUAGACACGUGAAUGCAACUUGGAUAGCAAAUAACUACCUAGAGCAGUUUAGAGCUGAUCCUUCCUGGAAAAUUACAGGGAUCAUCCAAGCAGUCAAGCUGAACCAGCAAGCUGAUAUAAGCAGACUUAAAGCAUGGAGAGCCAAAUGUAUUGCUCUCAGGAUGCUAGAUGGUGAUGAGAAGUCACAGAUAAGGAGCCUUUAUGAUUAUAGGCUUGAAUUAUUACGAACUCAUGCCAAUUCAACAAUGAAGUUCAAGUGUUCUGAAGUUGUUUUUGCAAGGAUGUAUGUAUGUUUGGGUCCACUCAAGGCUGGAUUCUUAGAAGGCUACAUGCAUAUAAUUUCUUUAGACGGGUGCUUCCUCAAGGGCUUGUAUGGUGGCCAGUUGCUGUCAGCUGUGGGAAUAGAUGCCAAUGAUAGCACAUAUCCUUUCGCAUGGGCUAUUGUUGAGAAGGAGAACAACGAGAAUUGGCAGUGGUUCUUGAGCUUGAUGGAUGAGGAUUUGGACUUAAACAAUAGCCACCACUUCGCAUUCAUGGCAGAUAGGCAGAAGGGCCUUAUACCAGCUAUUGAAGAAUUAUUCCCAUACUCUGAACACAGUUUUUGUGGGAAGAGAGACAGGGCAGGUUGUCAGUCAUCUGCAAAAGAGAAUGUGGGCAAUAAUGAUAGCAUAGAUCCUAUGGCUGGUAUUGAUCCCCAUGUCCUUAAAGAGCAUUUUGUCCAGGUUGAUCUCCUCAUCAACAGAAAUCCUGAACCUGGGCAGCUCUCACAACACCUCAUCAACAGAACUAGUAAACCUGGGCAACUUUCACAACAAAUUGAUAUUGGCCAACUCUCACAACAGGUUCAAUGCACAAUAGGAUCAGAUCCUCCUACUGAAAGAACAACUAUGGUAGAGAGAAGGCUAAAUAUGACUAAAUUACCAACUAUAAGUGGAAGAAAUAUUGCCAAUACAGAAUGCCCAUCAAAAUAUGUUGUAAAGGAAAAGGAGCAUGUGGUUCAAAUAGAUAAAGCUCGGCAGAAAAAAACUCCAACGGUCCUAAGAAUUCCUACAAUGCGGGCUCGUGCCAAUGACAAAGAUGGGGUUGCUAACAAGAAGAAAAAGAUUUGGGUGCCACCUGGUUCAAAAGGAUCUACUACUUCUGGUGAUGCACAAUAG